ACUAAAAUUAUGGGUUUUAAAGCAUAUAAGUUUAAACUUCUGAUACAAUUUUCUGAGCACACGCCCAGAAAGCAUCUGUCACACGUUAGUGUUAGUACAGAGUUUUCUUCUGAUAUUUCGCUUAAACUGUCAGAUGCACACAAGUUUGUGUGAACAACAAAAACACUCGGUUGUGUCUGUGAAGGUAAACAGAAGAGAAAGAAAUGGCAUGUUAUGUUAGAUCUGUGCAGCAGCGCCUUAAUACAGCAAAGAAAUCAAUAAAUCACUGGCCAUGUUAAAAGUUUGAGCAAAGCAUGCUGUUCUUUUUUAUUUUAUUUUUUAUUUUCAUAUCAAAUCUUCUUACGCACUGCAUGUGUAUCAUUUAGAAAUCCAUUUAGUACCCCCCGAAAAAAACGCACGUGGCAGAGAUACUGGGAAACAUAUUUAUUCUCAAGUCUCGAGAGAUUUCGGGAGAUUUCCCGUGUUCACAGUCCGGGGCUCUAAGGCUGUCCUAAUGUUUGUGGUCUCUCACAUUUCGAAAAUCUUAUAUCUUAGCCUUAGUAAGCUAAUAGCUAAUCAUGUUACAAACUCGACGUCGACGAGCUUAAUUAGUUUGCUAGAUGUUCUCCCAGCAGAACUUUUUUGAGACAUGGAGCAAAUUAGAAAUGAGCUCAUUUAGUGGAUAAAAGUGUCAUCUUAAACACUUAUGUUCUCUGUUUUCGUGUGAAUAGUAAUUAAAAAAAUAUCCCUAAAAGAAAUGAACAUGUUGUCCUCCCUGUCUGCAGUGAGCCGAUGGGUUAUUCCGGAUUGUACCAUGUAACAGCUGGAGAUGAGACGCCUCUAAUGCCGGAGCAGAGCCGGAGCAGCCAUUUGGCGGCCAUUAGACGUGCAGUAGUAGACUUCCUCUGCUCUGCUGAACCUAUGGAGGACUACCACAAACCCGACCAGCAGACCGUGCAGGCGCUGAGGAACAUCGCCAACCGCCUCCGAAUCAACUCUAUCAAAGCCACCACUGCAGUGGGCAACGGGCAUCCAACAUCAUGUUGCAGUGUGGCAGAGAUCAUGUCUGUGCUUUUCUUUCAUACUAUGAAGUACAGGCCGGAUGACCCCAAGAACCCCAACAAUGACCGCUUCAUCCUGUCCAAGGGUCAUGCGGCCCCUGUCCUCUACUCUGUGUGGGUGGAGAUCGGCUUCCUGAAAGAGUCGGAGCUCAUGAGCAUGUGUCAGGUGGACUCCACGCUGGAGGGACACCCCACACCCAAGCAGCAGUUUGUGGAUGUGGCCACAGGCUCUCUGGGACAGGGGCUGGGUAUAGCCUGUGGAAUGGCCUAUACGGCUAAAUACUUUGACAAAUCCAGUUACCGUGUGUACUGCCUGCUGGGGGAUGGAGAGAUGUCCGAGGGGGCCGUGUGGGAGGCCAUGGCCUUCGCUUCCUACUACCAGCUGGAUAAUCUGCUGGCUAUACUGGACAUCAACCGGCUGGGCCAGAGUGAUCCAGCACCACUGCAGCACCAUGUGGAGAAGUACCAGAGACGCUGUGAGGCCUUUGGUUGGCAUGCUAUCAUUGUGGACGGCCACAGCGUGGAAGAGCUGUGUAAAGCCUUGAGCCAGCCACGCCACCAACCCACUGCCAUCAUCGCCAAAACCAUCAAGGGCAAAGGCAUUCCUGUGGCAGAAGAUAAGAUGGGAUGGCAUGGCAAGGUGCUGUCGAAGGACAUGGCAGAGAGCGUCAUGAGAGACCUCCAGAGCCGUAUCCUCAACAGUAACAAGCGCAUGUACCCUGCUUCACCCAUUGAAGAUGCUCCACCCGUAAGUCUGCGCAACGUCCGCAUGCCCAGCGCUCCCAACUACAAACCUGGAGAGAAGAUUGCCACCUGCAAGGCGUACGGGAUGGCCGUGGCCAAACUGGGGCGUUACAACGAGCGAGUGGUGGCUAUGGAUGUCGACACCAAAAAUUUCACCUACUCUGAAAUCUUUAAAAAUGAGCAUCCCAACCGCUUCAUUGAGUGUUACAGCGCAGAGCAGAACAUGGUCAGCGUCGCCACAGGCUGUGCCGCACGUGAGCGAAACAUCGUGUUCGCCAGUGGCCUGGCCACCUUCUUCACCCGCGCGUACGACCAGCUCCGCAUGGCCGCCAUCUCAGACAGCAACAUAAACCUCUGCGGUUCCCACUGCGGCCUGUCUGUCGGAGAGGACGGACCGGCCCACAUGGGGCUGGAGGACAUGGCUAUUUUUAGAGCCAUCCCCACUGCCACCAUUUUCUACCCCAGUGAUGCUGUGUCUGCUGAAAAGGCUGUGGAGCUUGCAGCCAACACAAAGGGGGUUUGUUACAUCAGGACCACCCGCCCAGAGACCACCAUCAUUUACAACAGCAACGAGGACUUCCAUGUCGGCCAAGCCAAGGUGGUGUGCCAGAGUAAGGAAGAUCAGGUUACAGUGAUCGGAGCCGGAAUGACCCUCCAUGAAGCUCUGGCUGCAGCUGAGCAGCUCAAAAAAGAGAGGAUUUACAUCAGAGUGAUCGAUCCCUUCACAAUCAAACCCCUGGAUGCCAAAACCAUCAUCGACCAUGUGCGUGCCACCAGGGGUCGUGUCAUCACGGUUGAGGAUCACUAUUAUGAAGGUGGCCUGGGAGAGGCGGUGUGCUCCGCUGUCGUGAAUGAGCCCGGCUUCACUUUCCAGCGUCUGGCUGUCGCUCACGUUCCCCGCAGCGGCAAAAUGUCCGACCUGCUCAAAACCUACGGCAUCGACCGCGACUCCAUCGCACAGCUGGUCAGAAAGAUGCUCAGCAGUUCGGCCAAUGCCAAGUGAACCUGUUCGCUUUGCCCCGCCCACUCCACCCAGAUCGAUGAAAUAACCAGCUCCACAAACACUGUGUCACAUGACUCCUCCUCUUCAGAUCGUGGCCCCUCCCUCCACCUCGUUCACUGUGAAUGACCCCACUGUGAGUAUAAUAGUAAUGUGAGAUACUGUACGUGAUGUACUUUUUUGAAGUAACCUUCACAUUCUGUUUAUUUCCUUACAAAUACACUGACAUUCAACAGUUUGAGGCAAUCGUUUAAUCAUUCAUUCUUUUAUUCCGAAAGGAUGCAUUAAAAUGAUUUAAAGUGACAGUAAAGCCAUAAUGUUUCAAAUAAACGCUCAUCUUUUGAAUUACAUAUUCAUAAUGAGGAAACUGAAUCUGCAAAAACACCAAGUAGCACAAUUUUGUAGUAAAUUUUGCAAUUAAUUACAAAGAAACAGUAUUUUAAAGUAUGAAAAGUAUUAUUUUAGACCUGAGUCGUUUUAUUUUCUCGUAAACCUCUUAAACGUUUAUUUACAACUUAGAAAGAUUUGUGA